AUGGACUCCGCAAAGCAACGCCUCGGCAAGAAAGCCAAGACGAUAGUCCUCAAGGCCCUUCCGCGGGAGCACCUCGCUUCCCGCCUGUCCCAGAGCCUCGACGCCGCCCUGGCCUCCCUCAAGGGUACCAUCCUGGACCUUCCCGACCGCGUCCCGACGCCGAACCCGCUGCCCCCGGCCGCCACGAUCCCCGGCCAGACCCCGCUCUCGACCGAGAGCUACCGGACCUCCCGCGACCGGUACGUCCGCUGGACGCUGGUGCGCAACGGAGAGUACGCGGCCGACUGGGCCGGCGGCUGCGUCCCCGCCGACGCCGACGUCCACCGCAUGCUGUCCUGGUACACUACCUAUGACGUCUACGAAUUCCCUGCCGUCGAGUACGUGUCGCUGAUGGGCCGGGGGUGGACGAACUACUUCUUCCUCGUCGAGUUCGUGUUCCCCUGCGGCAGGCUGCCGCAAAAGAUUGUCCUCGAGUUCAGCCUGCCCGUGUGCCCGCACGAGAAGCUUGAGAGCGAGGUCGCGACAAUGGUGUGGGCGGCGGCGGCGGCGGCGGCGACGUCGUUGUCGUCGCCGUCAUCGUCUUCACCCCGGCUGGUCCCCAGGUGGAUGAUGAUGGAGCCCGUGUCCGGGUUCCCCUUACAGGACUUGCGGAUCAACUGGAAGCCGAAAAGGUUCUACACCGGCUCCAUCGUGUCCCCUCGCUUUUACAGCGCUAGUAAGUUUUGGCGGAAGUCCGUCCACGGACCGUACGCAUCGGUACAAAUUUACCUUGGAGACUACAUCUCCGUCUGGAGGGACGAGUAUAAACGGCUCGCUAGCCUGGACAUCGUUGUGGGGAGGAUGGCGAAGCGUCUUGCGAUGCUGCCCGACGUCAAGUGGCGUUUGCCAACCGACGAUGACCGCAUGAACGGCUGGCCAGUGACGAUAUCUCACCCGGACCCGCGACCCGACAACGUCCUUGUUGGCGAGGAUGGUAAGUUGCGAUUCGGGUGUGAAUGUGUCAUCGAUCCCAUGCAAAUUGACCUAGGAUGCGCGCUGCCACCUAGAGCGAAGCUUCUAGACAGAGUUCUGUCCCGCGCCUGGCCGGGCAGAGAGGCGUCCAUCGUUUUGGAGCCGACUGCUUUCAAGGCACUGAUGGAAGUGUACAAGAGGCUGCCCCUGCGCAGAGAAACGGAACGCGUCUGGCUCGACAAGGCCGUCUUGGCUAUGUUGGACCAGUACAGGGAGAAUUGCACAAAGUAG